AUGGCACGUCUCAUUCACACACACCUGGACGAAGCAAACACCCCAGGUCCCCGCCCAGCAUCAUCAACAUUAUCACCAGACGCAUUUACCUCUGAUAAAGAAAAUCGGCAUCAAGGUAUUAAUAAGAAAACUACCGCUGUGAUGCCACCCAGCGCACACAGUAAACGACGGCGACUAGCCAACCGCACCUCGAAUGCCCAGCCUGCGCAAUCCGCCCAAUCUUCUCGAUCUGCUCAGUCUGCCCGAUCCGCGCAGUCGCAAGCAUCAUCUCAACGAACAGGCAGCGACACACGAUACUAUGACCCUGAUCAGGAUCCCGAAGAACGUAGAAGUGUACGGAGAGGACUUCGAGAUCUGGGGAGGGAACUGAAUGACACGCGAGGCGAGCUCAUGCAGCCCGGAAAUGAUGGUAUCCUCAACAUCGUCGAACAAGCAAAUCAAUUUUACGCCAAAGUGAAGCAGACCGCUGACGCCACGCUCGAUUCGCGCAUCCUGGUCAACACCGCCGACCUAACACACAAGAAAGCUACCCAGCUCGCUCUCGGCGACACCUCUGCCGGUAUCGAUGUAGACGAGUUUGUCUCCAAGUGUGUUUCGUUUAUGCGUCGCGGCCCUAACAAUGCGACGGCUUCAACAAACGGGACACAGGGACGCCGAGGGCGCCUUGGUCGAAGCCAAAGAGAUCCCGAUGCUAGUGAUGAAGACGACGGCGACGCGAUGAACUGGGAUACGCUUGGCCGAUCAGCCUGCUUUCCUAGUAAUGCUCGCCCGGCCGUGUCUGGAUGGUUGCUGGGGCCUCUGUCGGUACAGAAGCGUACGCGGCAACUGACACAGCGAAGAGCAACAGAGCAGAUUGAUCGCACGCAAGCCGUGGCGCCCCGAGAAAUGGCCCAGCAGGAUCUUGGCCAGCAGGACAGCACGAAUUUGACCGAGAUCUGUUCCGAGAUUAACAAGCUGCUCGCUAAUAACCAGCAUGAUCGUCAGAAAGCAGCCACAGAAGAACUCGAAGGCCAAGUAAACCUUACGCCAGAGAAGGCACAACAAAUCAUGGAUAAUCACAACGUGGCGGACGACGGGGGAAUCCCAUUGUUUCGCUUCUGUAUCAACCCAAAGUCUUUCGGGCAAAGCGUGGAAAAUUUGUUCUACGUGAGUUUUCUCGUGCGAGAUGGCACUGUGGGUGUAUCAACAGAUAGUCGAGACUUGCCGACCCUGCAUGCGGCCGCACCGUUUGCCCCUAGUGAAGCCCAAAAAAAGGGAGUGCAAAAACAUCAGGCGGUCUUUAGCUUGGAUCACGAUACAUGGCAUGAAAUUAUCGAUGUUUUCAAGAUUGAGGAGUCCAUCAUCCCCCACCGCGAAGAGAAAGAGCAAGCGACUGGCACUAGUUGGGAGCGCAAAUCUCGAACUCAAAAAGCACAAACGAAGGGGGAAAGACGAAGAAAAAGCGCCAAAAUGCCACAGCUCUUUCCAACCAACCCUGCUGCGACCAUGGUCAUUCGCCAUGUGACGCCAGACAUCGUGACCAUGAGUCUGCCAUUCGCACGGUUUGGACACCUGCAGUUUGGCGGCCGAGGGACACUGGUUAAGCUUGCCACCGGUUCCCUGGCAGUAUUCUCGCCCGUCAGCCUAACGCCCGAAGUCCGCGAAACAGUCGAGUCCCUCGGCGGAAAUGUCAAAUACAUCACGGCGCCAGAUAUUGAGCACCACCUCAACAUUACCCCGUGGAAGACCGCAUAUCCGCAAGCAGAAAUCCUGGCCCCGGAGGGUCUCUAUGAGAAGCGACAAUCCAACCCGGAGUUCCAGGACACCCCGUUCGACCAUGUAUUCAAGAAGGACGAUGAACUGCCGCGGUCGAUUUCGAAGGAGUUCGAUGCUGAGUUCGCCAGCGAGUAUGUGUAUGGCCACGGGUCGCGCGAGCUGGUGUUUUUACAUAAGCCCACGGGUACGGUCAUUGAGGCGGAUCUGCUCUUUAACCUACCCGCUAAGGAGCAGUAUUCCAAGACCCCCGAAGCGGGGACUAAUUUCCUUACAAGGCUUAUUAUGCCGCUGUUGUCCACCAAGCCACCGGCUACAUGGCACAGACGGUUUGCAUGGUAUAUUCUCUCCUCACAAGACCGGACAGCGUUCAAUGAGUCUAUGAAAAGGAUUGAUCAGUGGGACUUUGAUCGUUUGAUUCCAUGCCAUGGUGAUACCAUCGAGACUGGUGCCAAGGGGAUAUUCCGCGAUGUGAUGGCAUGGCACUUGGAUCGGAAUAAGACCUAG